UUGCUACGGUUUUCAGUUGCCAGCGCGAUUUUGAAUGGGUUGUACGCGCGGCGAGUACUGAAAAUAUUUCCAAACAGAUCAAUUCCAAAUCUAAAAAAAACAGAAAUUAUAAAACACGAGAAAUAACGAAAAGACAGCCAUCGUGCGUGUGCAAUAUAUGGAAAAUAUACCCCAAUAAAAAUCUCUCAAAGUGCAAAACUGUCUUUCCGAAUUUUCUGAUUUUUGUUUUUUAUUUUUCGAUGUGUGUGUGUAAUGAAAAUAGUGUGCAAUAAGCGGCGAAUGCAGGCCAGCAGCAACAACAACAACGGCAGCAAGAGCAGCAGCAGCUGCAUCAGCAAUUACAGCAAUCUACAUGCGGUCGUCUAACUGUAAGGCACUUGGCAACGGUCAGCAGGAAAAUCAACAACAGCAGGAAAAUCAACAACAGCAGCAACAGCAGCAACAAGUGGAACGCACAGCAGCACAGCAGCAACAUCAUUAGCCGGCAUUUGAUUGCAUCAGCCUGCAGGCAUAAGAUAUAGGCAUUUGAUAUCUGAAAUCGGAAUCGGAAUUGGAAUCGGAAUCGCAUAAAGCCAAAUCAAAUGCUGUAGAACCAUGGCGGCAAUUACUAGCAAUGUCUCGCGAGUGGAGCCAAUGCGCGGUAUUUCCAUAAUCAUCGAAUCGCCAGAAGUGGCAACAGCAACAACAGCACAAGUAGCAGCAACUGCCAAGAGCAACAGCAGCAGCAGCAGCAACACUGAAAUGUCGCUCAAGUCCCAGGCUGGCAUGUUGCUGGCAUUUGGCGACACAGCAGCAACAACCAAAGAUAAUUUGGAAACUAGUUACGACACAGCAGCAGCCAGUGCAGCAGCAGCAGCAACAGCAGCAACAGCAGCAACGGCAGCAACAGCAGCAACACCACCGACCACCAAAAUCUAUCCACAAUUGCUGCUGCGCAUUGGCGGAGAAAUUGCCGGUGCAACAGCAGUAACAUCACCGACCAUAAUCAGCUGCAAUGGUGAAAUUGCUGCCAGUCAGCCAGCAGCAACAGCAGCAAAAGCAGCGGACACAGCGGCCACAUUGCAGCAUAAUAAUACGGUGAAGAUUCAAAUUGAAAGCCAGGGUCAACCGCGAUCACUGGGCAAGCAAAUCAGUGUGGUAAAAUUGAAUGAGGAGGAGAUGCAACAGCAACAUUUGUGCUAUCUGGUGGACACCAGUGGUCAGUAUUCGCCAUGCGAGACCCUGGACAGUGGCACGGGCAGCGACCUGGAGGGUCACGGUCAGGGUCAGGGUCAGGGCCACCAAACCCACCAAAACCACCAAAACCAGCAACAGCAGCAACAAAAGGUGAGGUCACCGCAGCUGGAGUUGCAUCUGCAGACCACGAGGUUAAAGGUCAACGAGGCGGACGACAACAAUCCUCCCCCGAGGGCCUACAGCCUCACCGACGACAGCGAAGAGGGCGACGAGAGCAGCAACUCCUCGCUGAGCUGCGAUUCCCUGCACUCCGGCGGACUUUUGCCCACUUCGCUGCUCCGGGACAUUCGACUCAGGGAAAGGGAAUCGGGAAUCGGUGGUCCGCUGGCCACCAAAAUCGAUGGCAGACCUCUGCAAUUCGAGGCGGAUGGCUACUACACCUUUCACGUCCACGAACACGACAAUUUCCGCAGCUUCAACUCCAGCUCGUCGACGGAGUACGAGGCGCACGCCUUUCCGGAGGAGCCGCUGGACGAGCACUUCGCCGGAUAUCGGGAUGUCCGGACGGAGGGCAGGCAGUCCGCCAGCUCCACCAUUCGCUCGGCCAAGGGAACCGUCCGGGGCGUCAAGAAUCGUGUGCGCAAUGGAGUAGCCACCUUCCUGCAGCUGCAGCAGCCCAAUGUCAAGAACUUCAUGGAAAAGGACUUGGGCAAGGGUUUAUACACCACCAGUAUGGGAAUCAUCAGGAAAACGUACGCCAAGUGCGCCAAUGUCAAACAGAUCCUGCGAACUUUGCUAAUCAAAUUCGAGGAGCGGGACAUCUUUAUGAGCGUGGAGUACCAGCAGGAAAUGAGGGAAAGAAUGCACGACGAGACUAUCCGGGUGCCACAGCUCUUCGUCGAGGGCCAGCACAUUGGGGAUGCCGACACUGUGGAGCGACUGAAUGAAAGUGGCGAACUGCGGCAGCUGCUGAAACCGUAUAAAUCGAUUGCCACGGCGUAUACGUGCCAGACAUGUGGAGGAUAUCGCCUGUUGCCGUGUCCUUCGUGCAGCGGAUCCAAGAAGUCGGUGCACCGGAACCACUUUACGGCGGAGUUCGUGGCCCUCAAGUGCAUGAAUUGCGACGAAGUCGGACUGGUCAAAUGCCCCAAUUGCUGAGGAAAAUAGCGCCGCCCACGAUUUCUUCUAGCUUUAGUGCUUUUUUUUGUAUCUAUAUCAAAAUGAUUUUUUUUUUGUGCGCAAUUCUUGUAGUCGCUUAUUAUUAACAGUUGUGAUAUUUGAGAGCAGUUUGAGCCGCAAAUAAGUGGCCGAAAAGGGAGCGAAACGAAAGGAAAUGAAACGGAUAUGACACACACACCCACACAAACGAAACAACCUAUUCAUAUGUGAAUCGAAGAGAUAUUGAAUAAAAUUAAAAAACCUA